AUGGCGGCGGGGAGGAAGGUCCUGACCCUGGACUCCGUCAAUCCGUGUGUCAAAGGCGCCAGGCUCCCCACGCUGGGGCCCCUGCUGGAGAGGGCCUCGGAAAUCCAGCGCCAGCUGGCGCAGAGCCCCCCCUUGGUGGGGGCAUUUUGCUCUCUGCCCCAGGGAGAGGAGAAGCCCUUCCGGGAGGUUAUCUGGUGCCACUCGGGGGACCCCCACGCUGCAGGCCAAAGACCCAUCACCUUCCUACGCCAGGUGGCUGCCAUCUGCGCUUACCCAGAGCUGCUGCAUGCCGACUCCAUGCCACGGGACGCCAAGCAGCGAGCCAGCCGCAUCCUGCAGGAGCUGCACAGCUCCAGUGCCGGGGCGUAUAACAUGGAGUACGUCACCACCGCUGUCCCCCAGAGGGUGGCCCGCUACCUAGAGAGGAGAGACGGGGGCAUCCGCUGUGAUCCCAGGAACAUCGUCACGUGCGGGGGCAUCACCACGGCCAUAGUGGACUUCCUCUCCCUGGUGGUCAAUGAGCAGGACCCCAGGAGGGCGGGCGUGCUGCUGCCGGUGCCCGGGCACCCUCUCUUUGCGGACGCCGUAGCACUGGCCGGUGCCGUCGGGGUGCAGUACCACCUGGACGAGGAGGGCGACUGGGCCCUGGACGUUGGGGAGAUCAGGCGGGUGCUCAGCCAAGCCAGGGGACACUGCACCCCCAAAGUGCUCUGCGUCAUCAACCCCGGAUACCCGACGGGCCACGUGUUGAGCAGGAGGCACAUCCAGGACGUUCUUCAGCUGGCUGCCCAGGAGAGGCUGCUCCUGCUGGCGGAUGAGGUUCACCAGGACUGUGUGUUCACCCCGGACUCCCCCUUCCUCUCCUUUAAGCGGGUUCUGUGUGAGCUGGGCCCCGCAGUCUCCAGCGCGGUGCAGCUAAUCUCCUUCUACUCCGUCUCCAAGGGCUUCGCCGCAGAGGGCGGUUUCCGGGCCGGCUUCUUUGAGCUUGUGAACAUCGACCCAGCAAUCAUGAAAUGCUUCUGCUCCUGGGGAAUGUCCGUCUACCCCCUGAUCCUGGGCCAGGUCCUGCUGGAUGCCCUGAUGGAGCCGCCACUGCCUGGGGAGCCCUCCUGCCGGACCUUCAUGGCAGAGAAGCAGGCAGUGCUGAGCGACCUGGCCCACAAAGCGCAGCUGACCCAGGAGAUCUUCAGCCAGGUGCCCGGGAUCCGCUGUAACCCCGUGCAGGGCGCCAUGUACUCCUUCCCCAGGAUCCAGAUCCCAGCCAGGGCUGAGCAGGAGGCCCAGGCCCUCGGUCUGGAGCCUGAUUUCUUCUUCUGUCAGAAGCUGCUGGAGGCGACGGGGAUCGUACUGGCCCCAGGGAGCACCUUCGGGCAGCGCCGGGGCACCCACCACGUCAGGGUGACGCUGCUGCCCCGAGUGGAGACGCUGAGGAUUGUUUUACAAACCGUCGCAGACUUCCACUCCCAGUUCCAGCAGCGAUAUUCCUGA